UUUUCAUUUUCUGAAAACUAAUCUACCUUCGGUACCUGCUACAUACAGUCUCACUCUGAAAAAUCUCACAGCUAUGGCUAUGACUAUGACCACCUUACUCUACCUUCAAAAUCCUCUCUUUGUUCGCAAACCCACAAAACCCAUUACCUCUUCAACUCCAAAGUCCCAUGGAACAUUGCAAACCCAAGUCCAGAAGCGUACCAAUUGUGGUGCCAUCCAGAACCCGAAGGCCAUGGUGGCUCUAUUAGGGGCGGGUUUGGCACUGACCCUCGUGGGACCCGCCUCAUCUGCGGAGCUACCCUAUCUGCAACUCACUGAGCCCGCCAAUGCUCUCUCCUUGCCCACCUGGGCCGUGCACGUGUCCAGUGUGGUAGAAUGGAUUGCAGCAAUGGCUUUGGUGUGGCAAUAUGGGGAGCAAUCCGGUUAUGAGUCUUGGAAAGGACUCUCCUGGGGUAUGGUACCCCUGUUAGGUGGAGCAUUUUGUGCAUGCACAUGGCAUUUCUUUUAUAAUUCUGAGUCUCUUGAGGUAUUGGUGGCUCUUCAAGCAGCAUUAACAGUUAUAGGUAAUACCACGAUGUGUAUUGCUGCAUUCCGAAUAUACAAAUCAUCAGAAGAUAGCUCCAAGAAUAUCUGAAAGUUUCUACACCUGUAUACCUAUAUAUGUGCCUUCAUAAACCUUUUCCAUGUCUUCUACCUCUCUGUUGGAUAGGAAGCUUCCUCAUUUAUGAUGAAGUUGAUUUUUAUGAGACCAGUUUUUCCCAUAGUUGGAAGGAGUGUCAAGAGUCUGAUGCCAGCAUGCUUUGAACUCAUCUAAUUGUUUGAAGCUGUAACUAUGAUAAUGAAAGUUUCCCUUUGUCAAUGGAAUGGAUUGACGGACCUGAGCCUCUGCUUACAUAGACAUGUAUAUAAGUAACCAUUCUUCAACUGUUUAGAUUAAAUAUUAUAGAAUUGCCGCAUCUGUAGACUUUCUAAAGUUCAUUAUUUUGAAAACUGCUUUACUUUUUCCCCAAA